AUGAUUCAUCUCCAUCACCAUGCUGGCAAAAUUGUGAUGAAGCUUUGCCAUUUGUCCAAUUUAAUAUGUCACUGUAUUAAUUUGAAUAUAAUCAUUUGUUAUGUAUGUAGAGAACAUAAAAACAUUCUAAUCCAGUCUAGUGUUGAUAAUGUGGAGGAGUCAUAUAGGCUUCAAUUUUCAAACUGGAUUUCUAAAAGGGUCACAGAACUAUACAACGAUGGUAAAGUUAGUAAGCAAAUGCUUUCUUUGGCUCGAGGUCCUAAAAGGCGACGUGAUGAGAAUAAAAAAACACAAAAUAGUGGAGUUAUGGUUAAGGAGGAGAAUCAGAUUGACGAUGUGCCCUGGUAUGGAAUCUUAGUAGAUAUUGUUGAGCUCCGUUACACAUAA